CCUUGAAACCGCCUCUUCAUUCUUCUUUUAUAAUAUUCUUCCCCUUUAUAUACCUUCCUCACUCCAUUCUUUCCACUCAAUCCUGAUUCUUUCUCUAUUUUCUAACUUUGAAUUUCAACUUAAUCCUUUUCAUCUUUCUUAAUUUCUCUCUCUCUUUCUGUUUCUGGAUUUUUUCCUCUAGAAGAAAAAAGCUUAGGGAUUAUCUCUAUUAAUGGCUUCCCAACAAGAAGCUUCAGCUUUAGAGCUAAUUAGGCAGCAUCUUCUUAAUGAUUUUGCUUCCAUGGACAGCUUCAUUGCGACUCUCAAUCACUGUACCAAUCAAAUUCCCCAACAAAGCCAGCCCCAAUAUACUCCUACCAAAAACAACAACAACAACAUCAAUGAUUUCAAAAUCUCUGAUUUUUUGCUUCCAAAUGAAGAAUCCCAAUUGGAGAUUGAAGUCAAACCUCAAAUCACCACCGCCACCAACUCAGCCAAACCACCAAACCCUUCCCGACUAAGCAACCGCCGCCCUUCCAUUAACGUUGCUAUACCCCCGGCGACCUUUAGAUUAAGCUCGCCGCCACCGCAGUCGAUGGCCGUCUCAACUAAUUCUAAUACUACCGUUCAGAGCACUUCGGACAGCUCAAACGAAAGCAAGCACUAUAGAGGUGUUCGCAGACGCCCGUGGGGUAAGUACGCGGCGGAGAUACGCGACCCCAACCGGCGAGGUUCGAGAGUAUGGCUCGGAACUUUCGACACCGCCAUCGAAGCUGCGAAAGCUUAUGACCGUGCCGCUUUCAGACUCAGAGGAAGCAAAGCGAUACUAAAUUUCCCUCUGGAGGUUGCGAACUCGGCGGAGCCUCUGGCAAGUAUUGGAAGGAAAAGGAGAAGAGAGGACGAGAACGAAAACGAGGAGAUGAGAGAAGUAAAGGAGAUAAAAAAGGAAACGACAUCGUCAUCAUCAUCGACGACGACGUCGUCGGAGAGUAAGGAUCUAAUAAGCUCAUCAGAAUCAGAGACUAGUAGUAGUCAUACAGCAGCACUACCAGUUUGUCCCACUCCCUUAACACCUUCAAAUUGGAUAUCAGUUUGGGACUCUAAAGAUGUGAAAGGAAUUUUCAGUGUGCCUCCUUUGUCACCUUUGUCUCCGCACCCUUCUUGGGGAUAUUCUCAGCUCAUGGUUAUCUAACAAUAUCUCUAAUGGAGCUCUCUAUCUUUGCCAAAUUAAGAAUGCAUUUGAUGCAAUCUAGUACCAUAUAAAAAACACAAAAAAAAAAAAAAAAAAAAUGCUAUGGAUUUGAGUUCUUGGGGUGUGAAAUUGUACAUAUACAUGGCACAGAUAUUGGUUAUUGGAUUUGGUAGUUCACCUUUUUUUUUUUUUUUUUUUUUGGGUGAAUGGUUUUGUUUAUUCAUUGGUUUAAUGAAAAAGUGCUGGUUUUUCUUA